AUGGUUGGAUUUGGAGGAGGAGAACUCAGAGUGCUAGUCUUCAAUGGCGAGAAUUUUGAUUUCUGGUUAAUCGAAAUGAAGACCAUUUUCCGUUCACACGAAUUAUGGGAUCUGGUUGAAAAUGGGUACGAAACUCUGACGAAGAAGGAGGAGGAGCUCACGAAGACGGAGAAGAAGUUGAUGCGUGAGAAUGUGGUCAAGGAUGCUAGAGCAAUCGGAAUCAUCCAAGGUGUCGUUUCAGAUCAGAUUUCCCGGAGGAUCGCAACCCAGGAAAGUGCAAAGGCUGCGUGGGACAUUCUGAAACAAGAAUUUGUUGGUGAUAAGCAAGUAAGAUCUGUGAAACUUCAAGCUGUGAUAGAGAAUACUAAGGACUUAGACACCAUAGAUGCACAGGAUGUUGUUACUAUCUUAAAGGGUUAUGAACAACGGCUUGAUAGACAUGGGGAAAGUAGUAUGGAGAAAGCAUUUGCUAGUUUGAAUAUUACAUCGAAAUCAAAUAGGUUUAAUGGUCAACCAAACAGUAGCAAACACCGGAAGAAUUUUAAGCCAAAAGGGAAACAGUGGGGAAACAAGGUUGAAUGGGGAAAUAAGGCUAGUUUUCCUAUGAAGAAUGAUGCUAAUAACACUGGAGAUAAGUGUAAAUUUUGUAAUAGAUUACACUAUGGAGAAUGUUGGGUUAAGAACAAAGUCAAGUGUCACAAGUGUAACAAAAUUGGUCAUAUUGCAAGAUACUGCAAUACAAACAAGGCUGUGCAACAAGUGAAUUUUGCUAAUCAGGUAGAGGAAACUGGAAAUCUAUUUUAUGCUAAUCAUUCAGGGGAAAUGAAGAAGAUAAGUGAUGAAUGGUACAUAGAUAACGGAUGUAGUAAUCAUAUGACAUCCAGGGAAGAUUUGCUUGUUGACAUUGACAGAAAUGUGAAAGCCAAAGUUCAAGUAGGCACUAGAAACUUGGUUAAAGUGGCUGGAAAUGGACACUGA